GCUGUGUCAGGGUGCAGGGAUAGGGGAAAGAUGGCGGCCGCGGCUGUUAUUGAAUAUCAGAGAGCGCAAGAAAUGCUCGUGACGGACAAAGCGGCGAGUAUAGACAUAUUGCAGUCUAUAGUGAAGCGAGACAUCCAGGAAAGCGAUGAAGAAGCUGUCCGCGUUAAGGAGCAAAGCAUCCUGGAGUUGGGUGGGCUUCUUGCCAAGACCGGGCAAGCUGCAGAACUGGGAGGCCUCCUGAAGUAUGUACGUCCGUUUCUCAACUCCAUCAGCAAGGCCAAAGCAGCCAGGCUUGUAAGGUCCCUUCUGGACUUAUUCUUAGACAUGGAGGCAGCAACUGGGCAAGAGGUGGAACUCUGCUUGGAAUGCAUUGAAUGGGCUAAGGCAGAGAAGAGGACUUUCUUACGUCAAGCACUUGAGGCUCGUCUCGUAUCUCUUUACUUUGACACUAAACGGUAUCAAGAGGCAUUGCAGUUAGGUUCACAACUUCUACGCGAGUUAAAAAAGAUGGACGACAAAGCGCUUUUGGUGGAAGUUCAGCUACUAGAGAGCAAGACUUACCAUGCCCUCAGCAACUUACCCAAAGCCCGGGCUGCGCUGACAUCUGCCCGUACCACAGCCAACGCCAUCUACUGCCCGCCAAAACUGCAGGCUGCUCUGGACAUGCAGUCAGGCAUAAUCCAUGCAGCCGAGGAGAAGGACUGGAAAACUGCCUACUCCUAUUUCUACGAGGCCUUUGAGGGAUAUGAUUCCAUAGACAGCCCCAGAGCUGUUACAGCACUGAAGUACAUGCUGCUUUGCAAGAUCAUGCUCAAUGCCCCUGAAGAUGUGCAAGCCCUUGUGAGUGGGAAGCUGGCACUUCGUUACGCCGGACGGCAGACAGAAGCACUGAAGUGUGUGGCCCAGGCAAGCAAGAACCGCUCGCUUGCCAACUUCGAGAAGGCACUGACAGAUUAUAAAGCAGAAUUACGGGAGGAUCCUAUCAUCAGCACACACUUGGCCAAACUCUAUGAUAACCUGCUGGAACAGAACCUCAUCCGGGUGAUUGAGCCUUUCUCCAGAGUACAGAUUGACCACAUAUCAAGUCUCAUCAAACUUCCAAAGCCUGAAGUAGAACGCAAACUCUCCCAGAUGAUCUUAGACAAGAAGUUUCAUGGCAUUCUGGAUCAAGGAGAGGGGGUCCUUAUAAUCUUCGAUGAGCCCCCUGUAGAUAAAACCUAUGAAGCUGCUUUAGAGACGAUCCACAACAUGAGUAAAGUGGUGGAUUCCCUGUAUAACAAAGCGAAGAAGCUCACAUAGAUCCUCUCGUUGCUGGGCUUUGAAGAUCUGGAGCGGCGGGAUUAACGGACACCUCUUUCUCAUGUGGGGAGGCAGGGGGUGCAAGGGGGGAGCCUUUUUAUUUUUCUCAUCCUUCCAUGUAACACAUUUUGCUUUCACUGUAAAAUAUUGGGGUUUUUUUUAAUCCUUGCACCAGUUUCUCCAUACAACGUUGAGUACGUGGGCCCUCGCCUAUUUCCAGGGCAGGCUACUUCCCAUCUUUUAUGCCAACCCAUGUGUGGGGGGGUGGUUUGUAGUAAAAAACACUUGCUUGUUUUAUAGGAUUUUUUGAUUGUGAACUGAAUAGGGGGAGAAAGAGACAUAAAUUGACCCGUAUUUCUAAACCAUGCCCCAGAGCCCCCAAUAUAGAACCAACUCUUGCCAGUUUAGCAAUUUGUGACCUGCUGGCGGAAUUAAAAUCACCGCUGAAUCCACUUUCCGGGUCGUAGAUCUGCAGUGGGGGCCGUCCUCGGAUAGGCAGGUUUGCCGAAGAAUGUUGGGAAAUGUCUAAUAUAGAAAUAUUUCUAUUCUCCCCACCUACGCUCCCUCCUAUUCUCUAAAUUAUGCCCCUUUCCUGCAGAUGCCCAUUUUAGACCCAAGAGGUGCACAAUUGCCCCAUCCACCUGAAACCAGAGUAUAUCUGAUGUUCAGAUUUGUCCCAAUAAAGGUAUUUUUUUUCCCCCUCUUCUCUUUUUGAAGUUUUCAAAA